AAUAGAUAAAAAUAUGUUUCUAUUAUUUUUGUCUAGAUAAAACUGAUCUCUGCUGUGAUCUACUGAGGAGAAGAUGGCAAUGUUGGUGUUUUUAGCGGUUCUUCUCUCUGUUUUUCUGGUGAGUGGAUGCAGUCAGGAUAAAGACAUGCCAGUCGACUGUUCUGACCUUUAUAAAUCAGGACAAACAGUCAGCAGGAUUUACUCCAUCUAUCCAGCAGGAGACAUUCCUGUCUGGGUUUACUGUGAGAUGAUCUCAGGUGGGAAAGAUGAAGACAACGGAGGAUGGACGGUGAUUCAGAGGAGAAUGGACGGCAGUGUGAAUUUCUAUCGGCCGUGGGAUCAGUACAAGAGAGGAUUUGGGAAUGUGGAGGGAGAAUACUGGCUGUGGCUGGAGAACAUGUACCAGCUGACAAGCAACAGGACAUACAUGCUGAGAGUGGAUCUAGAGGACUUUGAUGGAAAUAAAGUUUUCGCUCUGUACUCGUCCUUCUCUGUGGAUUGUGAAACCGAUGGAUAUCAGCUGCAUGUUUCAGGAUUCAGUAAUGGAGGAGCAGGCGACUCUUUAUCUCGCCAUAAUGGAUUCAAGUUCUCCACCUUUGACAAAGACCAAGAUGUCUAUGGAAAUAACUGUGCCAAACAGUUUCUCGGGGCAUUUUGGUACUCAAACUGUCACAGCACAAACCCCAACGGUGUGUAUUUAUGGGGUGAAGAUGACACACAUUACGCUAUUGGAAAUGUCUGGUCAUCAUGGAAGGGUUAUGCUGUCGGUAUGAAAUCCAUCAGCAUGAAGAUCAAACAUGUGUCAUAGAAACACUGCAGUUCUUCUCAGAAAUAAAUGACAAAACAAUCAAUUUAAUGUUUAAUUGUUUUCUGUUUUCUAAUAACUGUGUAACUUAGUAAAUCAUGCAGGAAAAUCACUCAUAAACUUGAUGAUUUUAUGAAUUGUUCUUUGUUUUGUGUCUCUUCUUUUAAUUUGUAACCGAAAUGAAUAAACAAUGCAUACAAUUACAAUAAACUCCAGCACUGAAAUCAUUAUGUCAGAUGUUUAUCUCCACAAUAGACACCAGAAACAUUAAAUGAGAAAUUCAGUGGAGCCACAGCUGCUGAUAAACCAAUAAUAAAAAGAGCAUUAAAAACUCA